UAUUCCUGGUACGCUUCGCAAAUAUUAUUAGUACGACUCAAGCCGCCGACCGCGCCACAACACACGAUGACUAAGCGAUUGCUGGACCUCAGUCUGGAAGAUAAGCAAUGUUUUGUGGCGUCAUUCGACUACGUUCUAACCGAUUGUGAUGGAGUUGUUUGGAACUUUUACGGUCCGAUUGAGGGAGUCGGACGGGCUAUUGGAGUCCUGAAGGAUGCCGGAAAGAAGGUCGUUUACGUGUCGAACAACAGCGUGCGGACGUUGGAGAACUACAAGGAACAGGUGCACAAACUGGGUCAUGGACUUGCCGAAGAGGACCUCAUCCAUCCGGCCAUCAGCGUGGUCAGGUACCUUAAGUCGAUCAACUUCCAAGGACUGAUCUAUGCCAUUUGUGCGGAACCGUUCCUGAAACUGCUCAAAGAAGCCGGCUUCGAAGUCAUCACAGGACCGAAUGAGCCCCAGCCCGAGUCGUUGCGACUUAUCAUUCCCGUAAUUCGCGAUAAGAAACCGGUGAAGGCUGUCAUUGUGGACCACGACUUCAACUGCAAUCACACCAAGCUGUUGCGCGCUGAAAUGUAUCUGAAAAGUGAUCCGGACUGUCUGCUGAUCGGAGGGGGGAUCGACUGCCGGGUUUCGGUGACGCCCAACUUCACCGUCCUGGGGGCGGGCUAUUAUCUGGAAAUGUUGGAAAAAAGUAUCGGCCGAAAGGCGACCAUCCUGGGCAAGCCGGGUCAACCGCUGGGAAAGCAGCUGAAGAAGCAGUUCGGCAUCGAGCAGGGCGAACGAGCGUUGUUCGUGGGCGAUAUGAUUGCGCAGGAUGUGGCGUUUGGGAAGGUGGCCGGAUUUCAGACGUUGCUGGUGUUGACUGGUGGGGCUAGCAAGUCGGAUUUGGAUGCUGUUAGUGAGAAGGAAUAUGUCCCAGAUUUUUAUACGGAAAGUUUUGCUGAUUUGGGCAGGGUAGUGGAAGAAGUAUUGGCUGUUAGUCAAAAACAUAACUUGUAGUAUAUGCUUGUAGUAUAAUUUCUCUUAGUUUUGGCAAUGUUCGAUGAAGUAGCUUCUAAGAAACGUUGUUCAUACAUAAUUUAAAAAAAGCCUACUAUUAAUAGAGCUAGGAUUAAAUAGACGUGAGCAGAAGAGCAAUUCUCUACCAAAUCGGCAGAUUUCAUGAUAUAUUUUUUAUAUAUUAUGAACUAACAAAAACAUAAUGGGAAUCUUCCCAACCACGAAAAAAGCCAUUUUGCAUGAUUGAAUUGUCCAUACAUAAAUCGUAUGUUGAUACUCAAAGAUUUUUUGCCUACUUCAAAGGUCUAUAGCGACCCUUAAACUUUUAACCUAAUGUACAUUUUAACUCACGGAGAAAUAAAGCAAAAAAAAAUGCCGAGGACCAGAAUUUGGUAAGAUACCAAAUUUUGCUCUUGCAAAUUUCAAAGUUGAACACACACAUACCAAAAUUUGGUAUCGAUACCAGAAAAAGGUAUUAUUACGCAUUCCCCUUGUUAUUUACCCCUGCUCGGGCAUGUGUCCCGAUUCAUCCUUUUUCAUAAACCAACU